AUGAGUUCCACUCCCAUUCCGGGUACCGUCCAGCUCGUCGACAUACAGGGCGUGGUCCACGCCAAGCACGGCGAGGGCCACAAGGACAUCGUCCUCAUCCCUCAACCCAGUGAUCACCCGGAUGACCCCCUGGCUUGGACUCACAGACGAAAGUUGUUCAACAUCUUCUGGGCAAUGACCUGGUGCUUUCUGGCUGCCGCAAUCAUCUCGGGCCUGUCUCCUGCGUAUCUCAUGAUCGAGGCCGACACGGGUAUAUCCGUAGCCGACCUCAGUACCGGCAACGGCCUGCUAUAUCUCUUCCUAGGUUGGGGAACCCUCAUCACUCAAAACGUCGCCCUCACCUAUGGCCGUCGCAUCACCUUGGUCGCCUCGAUCCUGCUCACCACCUUUGUCACCCUAUGGUCCGCCUACGUCGAAUCACGAGCCGAGCUGUUUGUCAACCGUAUAAUUCUCGGUAUUGUUUCGUCUCCCAUGGAAACUCUCAUCGAGGUCAUCAUUGGCGACAUCUUCUUCAUCCACCAGCGAGGCCUGUAUAUGGGAAUAUACUCCUGGAAUCUCUGGUGUAGCGCCUUUCUCUGCCCUGUUGCCUCUGGCUUUGUGGCAGAAGCCCAUGGUUGGCGUUGGAUUCAGUACAUUCUUUCCAUUAUCGGUGGAGUUCUUACUGUUCUCACAUUUCUUUUCUUUGAGGAGACCAUGUUCAGUCGUCCAGAAACGGUGCCUGCUGAAGCUCUUGAGAUCAGCACCAAGGGCGAGGAUACCCCUGGGUUGAUGGAAGCGGCGCCGGAGAAACCGUCAGAAAAGUCAGAGUCCAAGGAUGGAGAGCAGAGACCUGCUUCGAUCUCUGCUGGGCGCCAAGUUGACUACCCGGCUCAACCAAAGACGAUUGUGCAAAAGCUAGCUCUGUGGGGAUUUCAGUCGCCGCGACCAGCGACCAAGCGCGCUAUCCUCCUUCCCUUCCAACUCUUGCGAUAUCCGACCAUCGUCUUCAGUGGUUUUCUCGUCGGUGGCAUUCUCUCGUGGUACAACGUGGUCGGAGGUUCCUUGGCUCUCAUCCUCGGCAAUGAGCCAUACAACUUUGGAACCAACACGAUUGGUCUCUUCUAUCUUGCAGCUGUUGUUGGCGUUUCCAUUGGCUGUGUUCUCUGCAGCACAACAAGCGACAGAAUGGCCUUGUGGUUUGCCAGGAGAAACGGGGGCAUCAUGGAGCCAGAGCAACGCCUGUGGCUCUGGCUAGUGUGCAUCGUGGCACAUCCAGCUGGUUGUCUGCUCUAUGGAAUCGGUGCUGCAUACCACCUCCACUGGGUAGGAAUCGCUUUUGGGCUUGGCCUCAUCAGCGUGACUCUACCCAUCGGAUCGGCUUUGGCUUUCAACUACAUCUUGGAUAGUUACAAGGAAGUGGCAGGUGAGGGUCUCGUCACUUCUAUUUUGAUCCGUAACCUCAUGGGUUUUGCUUUCUCCUACUCAGUUGUUCCAAUGAUUGAGAACCUGGGCCUCAAGAAUGCCUUCAUCUUGAUUGCGGUUCUCGGUCUUGUACUAUGGUGCAUGUGUCUGGUCAUGAUCCUCAUUGGCAACACCGCCAAUCCGGAUGGAACAUCGACUGUGCUCUCCAUCGGAAGCGGCUCAGGACUACUCGAGGCCCUCUUGCUCGCCCAUGUUGAGGCCAAAGACGACUCAGGGGUAGCUAGCUUCAAUGUGGAAGGUGUCGAAGUCCAGCAGUUGAGUGGGAAGCCCCCGGUCAACAGAUAUCUUCCCGAGCAAGCCAUCUACACAGUUCGCGGCACCUGGGACGUCGUCACAAGAUUGCAAGAUGCUGAUGUGACAGCAUUGAUGUUUGUCUACCCACGACAGCCUACUCUAGUCACCGAGUACUUCAAAGCCAUUGCCGAGCAGCAUCUCGGCAUACAGACGAUUGUCUGGCUAGGGCCUAUGGCUGACUGGGAUGUCUUUGAGACUUGCUUUGUAGCCAAAGACGAGCACCAGGCGGAACUGGAGAAGAUGCAAGGGGCGGAAGCUGGUCUGGACGGAUAUGAGAUGAUGGCUGUGUUAAAGAUAACAGGGAAGAAACAGAUCAAUAAAGGUUAA